AUCCCUUUAUUUAUGUAAUGAAAGAACAAGCACCUCUAUGGGAACUCAAUGCCCUGACAGUUUAAUUAGUUGUCAAGUUUACUCUGGGCAGGUAUUGAUCAUUCUUUCGUGAAAUGAGUUAGGUGCUUAUUAAAAAACAACAAAACUCCCUUUUCACACAGCAUGGCGGCAUUUCCCUUGGUAACAAGGUUGAGUGGAUCCACCAAGGCCCAGCAGCCUGCCUCCUUUACCUAAGAACUACUGUCCACCUGGAAGAGACAGGCGUGAGGUGGGAUGUGAACCAGGAUGAACUCGUCGCAAUCGUCAAGAGUCGCUGUGUGGCCCUCACCUUGACUUCGGGCGGUUUGUGGGGACCCAACUGCUUUCUUGCCGCCGCUUGAGUUUCCCGCAGCCAAACACCUCACCCACCCGGGACCCUCCAAAUGUCCGGCUAGAGCAGGGGAUGGGGGUCGUCUCUCGAUCGACCUCGGGGUCAAAGGCUAAAGUCCAUAGCCGCUUCGGAACCGCUCGAGUUCUGAAGCCGCUCCACGCCUCCUCGCUCACCACCUGGUCCCCGCAGGACGCGGCAGUCUCGGGCUCCAGCCCGGAAGGGAGCGCGGGUGCCGUCACCCGCCCUGCGCGGCCUCACCUGCCGCUCCCCGGAAAUCUCAGCGACGCCCUGUCCCCGCCCCGCACCCUCCCGCGUCCUACAAGUCGAGGUCCCAAGACCCACGCAGCAAUGGCGCAGCCGGAAACUGACCCCUGGACUUCCUCCCGCUCGGUUGGCGGGUCGGGACGCCUGUGGGCGGGACGCAAAGGCCGCGACUUCCGCCUUCCUGUUUCCGGUCUGGUGGUGAGUUGGGAGUGGGAUCCGAGCCCCUGGGGCGAUGUAGUCGGGGGCAGGUGGCCGCCGCUGCAGUGCCUUUCUCCCGGUACCCAGCAGAAACGGCGGCGGCGCAGAGUGUGGCGGGGCCAACCCAGGAUCCCACGGCUUUGCGCGACGAGGGGGUCGAGAUUGCUAAGGCCGAGGGCCAGGGGUGAACGUGGCCCCCGUGCGUCUGCGGCCCCGAUAGGAAUUUAAACCAUCUCUCAGAUGUAUACAGUAGAACUUAAGAAGACAGACAAUCAAGGGUCAUCUGAAUCGUGAUUGGGUCACUAAUAAUACCAGGACAAAGUUAGAGAUCACUACUCAAGCAUAAGCCCUAGUUUUCAUAAGACUGCUAUGAAGAUGUUUGAUAUAAAGGCUUGGGCUGAGUAUGUUGUGGAAUGGGCUGCAAAGGACCCAUACGGCUUCCUUACCACUGUUAUUUUGGCCCUUACUCCAUUGUUCCUAGCAAGUGCUGUACUGUCUUGGAAAUUGGCCAAAAUGAUUGAGGCCAGGGAGAAGGAGCAAAAGAAGAAACAAAAACGCCAAGAAAACAUUGCAAAAGCUAAACGACUAAAAAAGGAUUGAAGGACUGAACAGUCUCCGCAACCAGGGAAAAUCAUUUGGAAAAUUAUGCAGCUUUGGAAGAACCCACUGAAGUUCUUCUUUGGAUUUCUUGACAGUAUUAUUUAGUAAAUGAAAUUUGACCAAAUGGAAGAAUCAUGUUCUGACCUCAAUACUGUAGUGACGUUUAGGCUUGGGUGUAGAAGUUUAUAGGUUUCUAUUGACAGUUAUUGUAAAUUAGCAUUUAUUAUGGUACAAAUUCCUUAUAACCGACUUAGUAAUUUGCUGAUUAGCAGUUUAUGUACUGAAAUGAAGACAUCCUAUAGGGAAAAAUGAAUUUAGAUUAUGAACUCAAUUUAGAUGAACUCUAUUUAAAAUGAGGUCCUGUUUUGGACAAAGGAAAUUAAAAAUGUAAAAGUCAGAACUGUCCUGUCGUGAGGUGAUAAGUGUUGGCUUAAAAGAGAUACAGUAUGUUAAUUACAUCUUUUAUUAUUAUUAUUUCUUACAGUCAUUUCUGGCUUUCUCAAAACAAAAUAUUAAUCAAUGAGUACUUCUAUUUGCUGCAUUUUUCUUAUUUUAGCCUUUGAGACAGCUGAUAAUUAUCAAGACAUUUUGCAUUUUUUAAAAUGUAAUUUUAUAAAGAAUUAUCUUUACUAUGUAGAAUACCACCUACUGGAUAGAACAAUUUUUGUACUUAAAACACUGCCAUUUUCAUAGAGAUGGCUUUUUGAGAGGAGUAACACUAUGGUUAGAGCUUGCAGUAAAAAUGCCAAACACUGUAGUAGCUUGGAACCAGGUUAUUCUUAUGCUAAGCAGAACUGUAAAAUAGUGUCUUAUCAGGUAAUUCGCUGAUUACAUAGACACCACUUUUGUUUUUUAUUUCAUUCUUUAACUCGUGGUAGUGAUAUUUAAUACUUUCUGAUCAAACAGGUUCAAAGUGAAACUUUAAAUUUCUGUUAAACAACUCCUCAAGAGUAACAGUGAAGUCAUACUUCAUAAGUGGUAAAGAAAGGUAUACAGUUUGUAAACAUUUUGUUGGGUAUAGCAGUAAUUGGGCGAAACGGAUAAAUUAUAUCAAAAUGAGAAUGUGCCGUAAUUGGAAGUAAGGAGCUAAAGGAUGUUUCUUUCAGUUAAGUAGUAUAACUGGAACAUUUUACUAUUAAACAUGGCUUUUAUAAAUGCAUGGCCCAGUAAUUUUUAUUCACUGUUAGUAUUUAAUUCACUGUCAGCUUAUUAAUGUUUUCUGUAACCCUGAUAAUGAAUUUUAAAUUAUAAAAAAUUGCCCUGCAGCUACAGUUUAAAAAUGAAACUAGAUAUUAAAAUAAAUUUGAUAAUUUUUUAUAACGAGGUCCUGGAUUUUGUUUUUUUGGAGGUACUAACAUCUUAAGUUACAUUAUGUUAUGCAGGUUAGAAUUUCAGUUACAGCUAAGCAUACUUGUAAAACUUUAGGGCUAUAUUCCUCAGAACCUAAGGAGCACUGAGAAUGUUUAUGGACCAGUUUGAAUAACAGUGCUCUUCUUUUAGAUUAUCAGUCUCUGAUAUAUCUAAAAUUCGUUUGGUUUUCUGCAAUCAAGCUGUUCAUGGAAAUAAUUUAUGUACAUGUUUUACUUACGGUCACAUUUUAGAGACAUAAUUCUCAUUUAUCUACCAAAGUUAUGGUUUCAUCAGUUCUAACAACUUAAAGAUAUUUAAAAGUGUUUUUCUGUAAUUUGUUAAUCUCAACAUGCCAAUUUUGUAUUUGGCGUAUACUUUUUUUUUUUCACUUUUCCCAAUCAUUUAGACAGCCUUUCUAUAUAUGUGAGAUCAAGAUUUUACUGUGUGCGUGUGCGUGUGCGUGUGCGUGUGCGUGUGUGUGUGUGUAAGGGGUCAGAGAGUACUGGGAUUCUUCAGAAAAAUCAUCUCUCACUGCCAACAGGGCACUGUUGUUAAAGAAUCCCAUUUACUAUUAUCUGGAAUCCUAGAAAUGAUCUCUUGUAUUGUUUAAUACCUAGAGAUUGUAGUUCUGAGAACUAAGUACAAUCAAUUACCUUUCUAAAGCUGGUUUUGGAGGAAAAAGCUGUCCCCAGGCUGCCUGUAACAAACGUUUUAUCAAAAAUAAGCAAAAGUUUAUGUGCCAGAUCUUGAGCCAUAGUAUCCAUAUGAUAAAUUUCAGCAUGUUACUACUUAUCAGAUAUAUAAGGACAUUUAAAAUUUUACUUCUUUACAAUAAGCAAACUAGAAAUAUGCACAGGAAGCUGUGGGCUGGAAACCUGAUGUUGAAAUAGACCUUAUAUUUCAUAUGGUUCUAAAUUGGAGGAAAUUUGAUCCUAUUUAGGAAUGAAUGCUUUUACAUUUGCUACUGGUUAUAGAAUCAUGCUGAUUUACUUCAUAUCUGGAAUAAAUGUUUAAGGACAAAUUCACAUUUCUCAAAUACAUUAAAAGAGAUUACAUGGUCAAAUACCCAAAGUCUGGGAAACACAUGUACAACUGAGACAAGUUUCUUUUCUGGAUGAUCUCUUGGAGUCUUUUAACUUGACUACCAUAGAUUGUCCUCUAUACCUCUCUUUCUCCAAAUAAAUUAAAUAUAAUUUGGGAAAGCCUACUCUUAAUAAACUCAGGUUACAUAUAAAUAGCUCAGUUAAUGAUACAGCAUUUAAACAACAUAAUGGUAUUGAUUCAAGGUUAAUUAACAUCCAGAGAUCUGUUAGUAAGAAUAGGAAUGGAAAAUGAUUAUUUCCUCCAUUUUUGUUGGUUUUUAACUUCAGGUAACUAAGGCAUAGCUAACAAGCUAGGUUUAUGUAAUUAAACCCAGUAGCUUUUCUGUACUUCGUCAGUUUGUGUAAUGCUAAGCUAUUUUUGUAAAAACCAAAAGUACACUCUAUGUAUGUAUAAUAGCAGAGGCAUAGAAUGGAAGACUUGACUUCUGAUAAAGUACUUAAGGUAUAUAAUA